CCGCGCCGCGCCGCUCUCCGCAGGCGCCACCCCGCACCCUUUGACCCCUCUCCGCUUCACGUGCGCAUGCGCAGCGCAUGCGCGGCCCGGGGUCUCAAGGCGUUUCCGGGAAACAUCUGUCGACGGUUGCGGUGGGCACCGGCCAACAUGGCGGCGGCGGCGGAGGCUGCGCUGGCGCGGCUUGUGGCGCCCUUUCUGCUCCUCGCGGCCCAGGUGGCCUGUGAGUAUGGCAUGGUGCACGUGGCCUCCAAGAAUGGGGGCCCGAAAGGCAAAGACUACUGCAUUCUCUACAACCCGCAGUGGGCCCAUCUGCCGCACGACCUCAGCAAGGCACCUCCCUUGCAGCUGCGCAACUGGACGGCCUCCCUCCUCUGCUCUGCAGCCGACCUCCCCGCCCACGGCUUCCGCGACCAGAUCCCGCUGGUGGCCCGGGGGAACUGCACCUUCUAUGAGAAAGUGAGGCUGGCCCAGGGCAGUGGGGCACGCGGGCUGCUCAUCGUCAGCAGGGAGAGGCUGGUCCCCCCAGGGGGCAAUAAGACGCAGUAUGACGAGAUUGCCAUCCCCGUGGCCCUGCUCAGCUACAGAGACAUGCUGGACAUCUUCAGGCGUUUCGGCCGCGCGGUGCAGGCGUCGCUGUACGCACCUCACGAGCCGGUGCUGGACUACAACAUGGUCAUCAUCUUCAUCAUGGCCGUGGGCACUGUCGCCGUUGGUGGCUACUGGGCCGGGAGCCGGGACGUGAAGAAAAGGUACAUGAAGCACAAGCGUGACGAUGGACUGGAGAAGCAGGAGGACGAGGCGGUGGACGUGACGCCGGUGAUGACCUGCGUGUUCGUGGUGAUGUGCUGCUCCAUGCUGGUCCUGCUCUACCACUUCUACGACCUCCUUGUGUAUGUGGUCAUUGGGAUCUUCUGCUUGGCCUCCGCCACCGGCCUCUACAGCUGCCUGGCGCCCUGUGUGCGGCGGCUGCCUUUCGGCGAGUGCAGGGUCCCCAGCAACAGCCUGCCCUACUUCCACAAGCGCCCGCAGGUGCGCAUGCUGCUGCUGGCGCUCUUCUGCGUGGCCGUCAGCGUGGUGUGGGGCAUCUUCCGCAACGAGGACCAGUGGGCCUGGGUCCUCCAGGACGCCCUGGGCAUCGCCUUCUGCCUCUACAUGCUGAGGACCAUCCGCCUGCCCACCUUCAAGGCCUGCACGCUGCUGCUCCUGGUGCUCUUCCUCUACGACAUCUUCUUCGUGUUCAUCACGCCCUUCCUGACCAAGAGUGGGAGCAGCAUCAUGGUGGAGGUGGCCACUGGGCCCUCGGACUCGGCCACCCGCGAGAAGCUGCCCAUGGUCCUCAAGGUGCCCAGGCUGAACUCCUCGCCUCUGGCUCUGUGUGACCGGCCUUUCUCCCUCCUGGGCUUUGGAGACAUUUUGGUGCCAGGGCUGCUGGUGGCCUACUGCCACAGGUUCGACAUCCAGGUCCAGUCCUCCAGGGUCUACUUCGUGGCCUGUACCAUCGCCUAUGGUGUCGGCCUCCUCGUGACGUUCGUGGCGCUGGCCCUGAUGCAGCGUGGCCAGCCCGCCCUCCUUUACCUGGUGCCCUGCACGCUGGUGACGAGCUGUGCCGUGGCGCUCUGGCGCCGGGAGCUGGGCGUGUUCUGGACGGGCAGCGGCUUUGCGGUGAAUACCAGUUUGCUCUGACUGUGAGAAAUAGUCGCCUAGUGAGCCCUAACUAGAGUUAAAAAAGCCCUACCUCCAUCUCCGUGGGCCCCAGCGCCUGCCGACGGCCUGCAGCCGCCUAAAGACCCUGCCACGCCACUCUCCCCGCAGCCGCCCAGUGAAGAACCAGCUACGUCCCCCGGGCCUGCUGAGCAGUCCCCAGAACCAUGCACGCCCGAGGAGAUGGGGCCUGGAGCCCCCACAGGGGAGCCCGGGAGCUCGGCCGAACACGAGGGCCCGGACCAGGCCCAGCUGCACCCCGUGGCCCAGCCCGGCACUGUGGCCUAGGGGAGGGGUGAGGUGCUCGCAGCCAUGCUUCACACCAAGAUGGUGGGGAUGCCUGGCGCCUGCCGGAGACAGACAGACAGACGGACAGACAGACGCCUGCUCCCAGGACGGAGCCUGCGCCGGCCCUGCCCGCCCUGACAUGGUGCUGAUCCUCACCGAGCCCCGCGCUCCGCGCCCAGCCCCGCCCCGCUGCCCCGGCUGCACGCCUGCUGCUCCAAGCUCACCCGGCUGCCACUAGCCUUCUGUGGGUCCGUCCUCCUCGCCGCGGCCCGUCCUGUCUGCAGACCCUCAGGCGCCGUCUGCAUGAGGGAGCAGGCUGCCCAGGCCGCACUGGUGCUCACCGGCUGCCUCUCCCUUCUGGUGACCUUCCUCACGGUGUCCAGUUCUCCGGGCUGAAGAGCGGCUUUCUGCCUCUGGAAGGUGUCGCUUUUCCCUCCUGAGCAGGCUGCAGACCCUGGGAGGUUUGGAUGCCGCCUCCCAGCCUAGGACACCAGGUGGUGGCCGGGCGGUGCCUGGACCCUGACACUGGGCGGAGGCAGGCCCGUGGGGCAGGAUUUCAGCCGUGAAUGAGGCUGGCCUCACGUGAGUGGACAAGCUGCUCUCCUGGCCACGGCCCCGCCACCCUCAGUCAGUCCCGAGGUGCCUGGCCGCGCUGCACACUCCUCCCCGUCUCAGUAAAGGGUCUGACUCCUACACGUCCUGCCAGUGUUGCCUGGUGGGGCGGCAGUCUCUCAGACCGCCCUUCUGACAAGGAGGGUGGGCGCCAGGCAGGCCGGGUCAGGCCCUUGGGGGUCCCUGGAGCUGAGGGAGGGAGGGACUGGGCGUGGGAGGCUGCAGCAGCUCCUGCACCCGACCUCGCUUCCUGUGUGGGCCCCGUGUGGCUUCCGCCGAGAGGGCUUGGGCCUCAGCUCUCCCUGUGGCGAGGGCAUUGGUGCGUGAGUUCUUAACCCUCUGGACCCCGCGGCUAGGAGCUUCUGGAACCUACGAGGACAUCCUGCCACUGGCGUGGUCUGCUCACCAACCCUGCGGGUUCUUCCGACCCCGUGGCAGAGAUGUCCGCGCUGGAACUGACCGAGGCGUGGCCCCGGCCUCCUCCCAUCGCUGCACGUGGUCACUUCCAAAGCAAUGGAGCCGCAUGGGGUCCCGCCGCGCCAGGACCCCAGCCCCGCCUGCCCCCUGCCCCGUCCACGCAGCCUGCAGACUCGAGCCCGCAAAUCUGUCUCUGUUGAUGUCAAGUCAAGCGCCCCCAGCUGCACACGGGACUGCUGAGUGCAGCGCUGUCUGACGGGUCUGUUUCAGACAGAGGUGGCAGGGGCGAGCCCCGAUCCCUUCCAAAAAAUACCAGCAGGAGACUCGCAGGCACCUUUGAGCCGCGUCCCGGGGGUUAGUGGCGCCUUCCCUGAAGCCAUUUUGUACAUGGGGAUGGGGUGGAGACUUCUCUUUUCUGGUGUUGGACCUUUGACCAGUGUGGAGGGGUCAGAGGUGGCAGUCCUGUCUUCGUCUCCGUUUGUCUGUUUGGCCUUGCUGCCGUUCAGUCUGAUCAUUAAACUCGGCUUUUGAUACACAUG